CAGUCAACUCAACACCAUGGAGGCAGAAUACCAGAAAUUACAAGAGCAAUUAGAAACUGCUGAAACUGCUCUGAAUAAUACCCAAAAUGAAUUAAAAGAAAAAGUCCGAUUACAAACAGAGUCAAGUCGAAAAAUUUUAGAAUUAGAAGGUAGAGUAAGCACCUUAAAAUCAACUCGGAAUAAAAGAAAAGUUGAGCAACUAAAAGCAACCAACGAUUUCGAAAAAAGAUUAAAAACCUUAGAAGGCAUUAAUCAAGAACUCUCCGCCGUUAAUAACCACUAUGAGCAAGAUUUAGCAGUGGCCAAAGAGGAAAAUAAUCGCUAUUCACUGGAACUAAGGGCUGCCGCCAACCAAAGGGAAAAUUUAACCCGGGAAAACCAUAAAUUAAAGAAAAAAUUAGAGG